AUGGUUGCUGAUAAAUUAACUGAUACCAGCUGCAUCCAACAGCCCUUUACUAUUUUACCAGUUAAGACAAAAUGGAGCAAUGCAAGCUUUCAUAUUCUCCUAUUUGAUCUGGAAAAACUUGAACUUCUGCUGUCAUCUCAACUCAAUGGAUUAAAGUCAUCGAAUUCGUUCCGCAACUAUGACACUCCAGAAAGAGCCAAAAGUACUACUGAGAAAAGGGCACUAACAUUAAAAAGAAAUAAAACUGCUGGCUCCGUAUCUCCAGUGGACUGGCAAGUAGAAACUGUUUGUUCAGACCAUGUCUGUAGGGAUAACAAUGCAGCUAGGCCUGUGGAAGACAGUGGUGGCAUGAAAAGACAGAAAAAAAUGAAGAGUUCAAGAAAGAUCAGAAUGCAGCCAUUGGGAAACUUUGAUGUGAACAUCACCACUGAUACAGCUAAACUGCUUUUGUCAUGUCUCUUGCCAUGGGGUGUAGAUAAAGAAAUAGACAAUCUUUGUGUUAGACACUUGGAUAUCUUGAGGCUUCAGUGUCCUGUUUCUUUUGGACUUGUGUCAAAUGAAAACCACCUUUCACUAAUGUUGCCAGGAUGGAAAUGUACUGGUUGUUGUGUACUAGAAGAACAUGCAGUAAUCAACUUGUUUUCAAGCAGAGUGCUUGAUUUAUCAAACAAGUACAUUGCUGCAACUGAAGGACAAACUGGAAAGAAGGAUGGACCCGAGAAUAAUGUUUAUGAAACAAAGGGAUUGGAAACAGUAUUCUUCUUAUUUAGCAGAAUAGCUUUAAUCAACAGGAUAAUUAACAUACCUUCAGCAGUUACAGGUGAAAUUGAAAGUCCACAGAAAUCAGAAUCUGUGCAUGACAAAUGGCGAAAUACAGAAGCAGUAACAGCUUCAUUCCCCAGUUUUUAUGGAGAGUUACCAAGUGGUAAAAGUAGAUAUCGUUCCCUGGACUUCUGGAGUGCUUCAUUGCUGAAACUUGCUUGUUGUUGGAGUGACCAAUCUAUAAAGAUUAUUGAGGCAAUGCAAGCAGUGCUGCUGGCAGAAGUUCAAAGGACUAUGAAUACCUUGAGAAGCACUGCAAUCUGCGGGGAGCCAUUGGCCAUAGUAGAGAAUGGAAAUGUCGGUGUGCUGAAGCAUGAGAAGAACUCAAACUCGGCAAACUUCCAAGAUGCAGAGGAUACGCCUGACAGAUGUGUCUUGGAAGAGUCUGAGAGUCCAGAUGACACGAAGCCACAUCCCUGGAUAUCUAAGGUGUGCUCCUGUAAGGUGUGUUAG